AUAUUCAGGUGUUUGUCCACACCUGCAUGACGGAAAUUACUUUGCCUAAGGAAAGUUGUCCUACCGCGCAAUUUCUGUUAAGACUCUUUUUUAUUUUAGCAUGUCAAAACUUUUGACUGACACUAACAUAAUGACCUUUCCGACUGUGUAUUCCGGGGACGAUGGGUGGUAAACGUUUUUACGUUUUUAUCAACAACAAAAGUGAAAGUAAAGCCAGAAGGAAAGUACUGUGAUUGUCCUGCUUUUCCUGAAAUGGCCCGUCGUUACUUCUUGGCCUGUUGUAUCUUAACCUCCUACUUAGUUUCUGGACAGACGCUAACAUAUCACCUCCAAGGGGAGACCAUCCACCUGAAGCCACACAUUACUGGACAUCCUGAUAAUAUUCUGUGGAAACAUAAUGGCAACAAAGUGGUAGAGUUUGAUGGCAAGGAGGAAGAGGUGUACAGCCAAUUUCAAAACAGGGUCACUCUUGACUGGGUAUCUGCAGAACUAAAUUUGACAGACGUCAGAUAUGACGAUAGCGGAGAGUAUGAACUGGAAAUAUUCAUAAAUAAAGCGUUAAAAAAAAUCCACUAUAAAUUGGAGGUCAUAGGCAAGGUUCCCAAACCCACUGUAUCCUGUGACAUGAAUAAUGGCAGCCUCAAUACAGACGGAACCCAGGCAACGCUGACGUGCUCUGCAGAUCCUCAGUCCUUAAUGAGCUAUGAGUGGGACUCGCAAGGAAUCAAGCUGCCUGGCCCAAAGUUAACAAUAUCUCUGGGGGAUGAACAUGAUGAUAAAAUGUACACUUGUACAGUGAGAAACCGUCUGACUAUUGAAACCACUACAUUCACCGCAAAGGAUUGCUACUCUGAGGAGAGUUCAUCCAUAGCACUCCCUGUUGGCUUAUCCUGCGCCUUCCUUGUGCUUCUCCUUGUGCUUCUCAUUUGUGGCGUAAUAUUCUGCAAACAAAGUAGUAAAGCAUGUUUUGCAGAGAGAAACAAAGAUUCUACGGUAAAAAGGUUCACACCUGGUACAAGAGAAGAGUCAGAUAUGGAGUCAGCUCGGAAUGACAUACGUAUACCUCUAAUUAGAGAAUCCACACGCCGCUCUUCGCAGCGACUUCCCCAUCAGAACCAAAGUGAUGGGAACAUUAAGCCUGAUGCCCAUGUUUCCAAUCACAAAGAAGACUUGGAAGAAGGAGAAGAACAUGACAUGGAUAUCCUAAAAGGGCACGUCCAGCAUUAUAAAAUGAUGUUUGAGCAAAAAGGUUUAGAGAAGAACACAGACAAGGUUAAGAGAGCUCUGGUUCCUGUUCCAACUACUCGGGAUCAGGACAAUCCUCCAGGCAACCACAAAGGAGAUGCAGAAGCAGAUCAGUUCAGAGGACCAUCAGAGAACAAGAUCCCAGAGUGUGAUUCUUCAGACACCGGAGAGGCAAAUGAACCAGAACCAGUUGGUGUGUUGGACGACAGUGAGGACACACAGCCUGAUGUGGAAUCAUCACCUGCUCCUGAACAUCCAGGUUUAGAGGAGAACACGGACAAGGAUAAGAAAGCUGUUCCUCCUCCCACUCCGCCUAAAAAACCAUCUUUCCGUCGAAAUCCGGACAAUGUUCCUGGCAACCACAAAGGAGAUGCAGAAGCAGAUCAGUUCAGAGGACCAUCAGAGAACAAGAUCCCAGAGUGUGAUUCUUCAGACACCGGAGAGGCAAAUGAACCAGAACCAGUUGGUGUGUUGGACGACAGUGAGGACACACAGCCUGAUGUGGAAUCAUCACCUGCUCCUGAACAUCCAGGUUUAGAGGAGAACACGGACAAGGAUAAGAAAGCUGUUCCUCCUCCCACUCCGCCUAAAAAACCAUCUUUCCGUCGAAAUCCGGACAAUGUUCCAGGCAACCACAAAGGAGAUGCAGAAGCAGAUCAGUUCAGAGGACCAUCAGAGAACAAGAUCCCAGAGUGUGAUUCUUCAGACACCGGAGAGGCAAAUGAACCAGAACCAGUUGGUGUGUUGGACGACAGUGAGGACACACAGCCUGAUGUGGAAUCAUCACUCGCUCCUGAACACCCAGGUUUAGAGGAAAACACAGACAAGGAUAAAAAAGCUGUUCUUCCUCCUCAUCCACCUAAAAAACCAUCUAGAUGUCCGAGUCUGAACAGUCCUCUGCGAAAUGACCAAGGACACGCAGAAACAGGUCAGUUCAGAGGACCAGCAGAGAACAAGAUCCCAGAGUGUGAUUCUUCAGAAACCGGACCAGACCCAGUUGACACACCGUCUGCUGUGGAAUCAUCCACUGCUCCAGAACACCCAGAAUCAGAGAAGGAGGAAGCAAAGUCUCCUCCUGCAGAUGGCAUCUCUCGUCCUACUCCUAGGCCACGUUCUUUUCUGAUCCGAAACUCCCCAGAGAUGGGAACUAAGGACACUGCUGGUGAACACAAGGAAGAUGCCAAGUCAGAACCGGUUGAUGGAGAAACAUCAGAAAAAAAUGUCAGAGAAUCUGACUCACCAGGCUCAGAAUAAAGAAAUGAAUCAGACGACCAGUGAGGAGAAACAGUUACCACCGUUUCUGAGCAGAAUAGUUCAGAAACGGCUGUAAAAGAUUCAAACACACAAGAAAAACACAACCUGCUAGAAAUGGACAGUUUCUGAAGAUGAAAGUGAAUAAGACGACGUAGGUGACAGGGGAGAAAUAGAUAUGGUCUUUAGACACCUCUCAGCAGCUUCAGAGCCCCACACAAACAAAACCAGACAACACUAAAACCAAUACUUUUUUAAGAGUCUCUAAACACUGCCCAUGCAGAUAUAGACGAAAAACCACAAAGCAAAACCAGGCCUGACUCAGAUGAGUCUUGGGGCUGUUAGACGGCAGCACACUAGAAGCAGAUAAAGGUCAGGGUGAGGGUAAAACUGUUGAGAAAAAUGAGGACCCAUGUGGCCCAAAAGAAGAAAAGCCAGCGAGAACCUGAGUGAGGAUAAAGAAGGACAGAAGAAAGCUGAAGUUGUUGAAUAGGCUUUCAAACAACUAGGCAAACUGAAAAGAGAGAAAGAAGCAGACAGAGAAAGUGAAGACACAAAUACAACAUAGCAAUUAGAUAAAAUCAAUUCAAAUAUGUAAAGGCAGAGUUUCAGGAGUAUGGAGUCCAAAGGCAGACAAAUAUUUUCUGUGGGAAAAUAAUGGAGAGAUUGACAUUCAGGAAGAAUUUGAGAACAGACAAUUGCCUAAGUGAAAAAGGACAGUUUUGAGGUUGAGGUCCAGAGCAGAUUGAAAGCAGAAGGUUGAUUCAUCUUUGUUGCCUUUUUUCCUCUUUCAUAAGUCACAUACUGUAACUUAAAGGUUUCAUUCAAACCAGUAAUACCAGUAUUCUAACUAGCCAGCUGACUGAGGAACAACAGAGUCACCCUUAUACACAGAGAAAGACAAGAGAUGUGUGAACCUGAAAAGGCACUACGGAAAUUACAGUUUGUAGGAAGUGGCUGCCAGAGCUCCAGACGUUUGAGUCAGAGAGUACAGAAACAGUUUUGCUUUCAUUUUUACUUUUUUACAUGUUAGUAUGUGUUUUUAUUGUUUGUAUUUUUUACAGGGUCAAUACAGUUUCCACUGUUGCUUUGUUUUUAGAUAGAAGAAGCUAUAUAUUUAACUGUAAAUUUAAAAAGCACUAAUCUCAUGAAUGUCAUACUGACUAUUCAUAUUAAUCUCAUACUAUGACUUUUGGCCUUGAAGACUGUAAUUUAGAAAAUAAGCUUAGUUGAAUGUGCAAUGACAAGGAUCAGCAUCAAAUAUCCCUCUGGAUUCAUAAAGGACCUAUGGGAUAUAUGGGAUUUUAUGAUGCUGUAACAUAAUGUAAAAGGUGAUCCCCGUGUAUGCAAAUAAUUCAUUAUCAGAUAUCUGUUCUUCAUGUAAUCACAAAAAUUUUUUUUCAGAGCUCAGGGUGGAUUUGUCAGCACUGUUUAUUCAUGCUUUGUUUGUGAUUUCCAUUUAUGAUACUACAACUACAUUUGUGUUUUGUUUCCAUUCCCUUGCUGUAGUUUUUGCUAAUGUUUUGGGAAACCUUCAUUACAUUGCCCUGUAUUGGAUUCUCAUGUCUUUGAAUUGUAAAGUAAAAAAAUUUUUUUUGUAAUUUUGUCAGAAUGUUUAUUAAACGUUUUUAAAAGUUGAA